AUUUCACAACACGGAAGUCUUGAAAAGAGUAUUAAAACCCAUCAAAUUACAUCACCGAUCAGAUAGUUAACACCUCAAGCAAAACACAGUCUAUAGGAGAACAACUGAAAUCAGGACCAGAGAUGUUCUAUCGCUGUUGGUUAACGCUAUGGUUACUGAUUGCUGUAGUAGAUUGCCAAGACGAUGACCCUUGCCUGGUGCAUAACCACGAGUUACUGGACGAUCCGUGGCGGUCCACCGCGAUCUCCGCUGGGACUGUUUAUGAAAAUGAUCUUCUAAUAAGUGAGGGCUGGUAUAGAUCGGUUUCGGGUGCUGGCGGGACCAUACCUCAAACGGCUCCUGAGUCUGCAAAAUGUGGAACACAAAAUCCGGUUUGGAUGGAUGACACUUUACCAGCUAACGGAGAGACUAAAUCAGUAAAGAUGUGUGCUGUUGGCGGUUUCUCAUCUUGUGUUCCUACAUGGUCAACAGUCCGAGUAAAACACUGUGGAUCCUUUUACGUUUACGACCUGAAGAGAACUCCAGGAAACUAUGGAUAUUGUUUUGGCACUGAAACAAAGUGUCCAGAUGGUGAAACAUCGGAAACAGGAUUUACACCAGGCUGUAUAAGUUUUGUAGACAUUCCAUACACCGUUACGAUAACGCCUGGACUGGAAGAGAGAAUAGGACCAGUUGUAACCGCACCUAGUGCCGACGCAGUAAACACUGAAAUAAAAUUUGAACACAAUAUAACUUUCAAUUAUGAAAACGCCAUGGCUGAGCAGUAUUUGUACGACAUCAACUGGUACAUCAAUGAUAACCCCUUGACGAAUUGUUCCCAUGCACUGGUAGCAUACACGAACCUGUCGACCACUCGUUUGCUGGAGGCAUGCUGGAGGGAUACGUACAAACUCAACUUCCUGGUAAGAUGUGAAGUUCGUCUGCGUGGUCUCACCGAUAGUUCCAUUGGCCCUUCAAGGUCAAGCGAGUCCUUUAAAGCUGGCUUCACGACAGAUCAGACUUCCUAUACCGUAGCGGAAGGUUCCUCGAUCGACGUCUUAGUGACACCGACUGUCCCAUUAGGAUGUGCUUAUUUUCCUACCGAUCUGGCAGCUGACGAGUGGCAUGACUAUGCGGAAAAUAAUUGCAGAAUAGAAAUUCGCAUCCAGACGCCAGAUCAGACAGACACUGUCCAAUGCUCCUCAGGAGGUAUUAGCAACGAACCGGUGUCUUUCGAUAAUACGAACUGCGGUGUUCGCAUAUCUCCUAACGAUUGGGCUAUCACAAAGUCCCUGAAGGUAUACGGUGCAUCAGACAACUUAGUGAAUGUAGGAAGUCGUUCUUCAUAUAUACGUUUGGAGGUUUUAGGCGGUCUCGUGUAUCACCCGGCAUGGAAUAAAGCUUCAAUGCCAGACAUAUUGGUCGCGGUUGAAGAUGCAGACUCCAUCGUUUUGACUAGUCAAUGCUAUAGCCAUAAUGACCCCCACAUGAGAACGUUUGAUGGCCGCCGAUGGGAAAAUCAAAGGCUAGGUGAAUAUGUGUUAUAUCACAACUCGCAGAAACUGUAUUGGGUUCAUGCGAUGUACCAGUCAUGUAAGACAAAUCAUGUCGGGCCUACAUGCAACUGUGGAGUGGCAGUCAGAAAUAACGACGCUGUAUUCGUCGCCAACUUUUGCGAUGCAACUAUUGGCUGGUUUACCAGUGGGACACAAUCCAAUCGUUAUGUAGAGCAGUCAUUCUGUGAUGACACCCACAUGAUAAUUAACAAGAACGGUAACAGUUAUACGGUAACACUUCCUACGGGAACUCAGAUUUCGUUUAGUCACUACUUUUCAUCGGGGUACGAUAAAAUACUUAUUAACGGUAUACUUAUCAAGCCCUCUCUUGCUGAUUGGAAAACGUCGUCGGGAUUGUGUGGAUAUUUGGAUGGUAACCAAAACAACGACUUCAGAACUAAGAAUGGAGGGACGGCAAAUAACGAGGAAACAUUUGCACUUGAUUGGAAGAUAACUCAAAACAGCGAGAGUUUAUUUGGUAAUAUCAAUUUGACAGAUGCAAGCCUAACAUUGCCGCGAUAUUGUAAAUGUAGAUCGAACUCACCUUUAUAUUCAGAUUUCAACAAUACGAUAGAAUGCUCAAUCAAAACAGAAACGGUGUUGUGCUCAUAUACGCAUACUGAUAGCUUUUUUAAAACCUGUGAUGAACCGUCCAGAAGCGAGCGUUCAACUUCACAUCACAUACAGAAACGAUCUUUAAGAGAUGUUCCAUCGAAAUUCAAAAUCGUGUACGCACCUGAUGCUGAUGUGGUACCUGAGCCUCCGACAUGGAGGAAUGGGUGGAAUGAAACUUUGGCGGAAGAAACUUGCAGAACAUUUAUACAGAAACAGGAAUUUUUGAAAAAGUGUGAAGAGUUGUUAGAGGCAACAGCCAAUGACAAUGACGAAGGCGUUCAAUCCUGUAUCAGCGAUAUCAAGCUAAUGGGGAACACUCAGUUUAUGCAGUCUACAGCUGAUAAUCUGGCCAGAAGUUGUCGAAUGACAGCACUUAAGCUAGAAAACCUCACUCAGACAACAGCGGCUGAUGGUACAGCAGGCCAGACAGUGUUGGACGUUUUGUUAAAUCUCGACUGUAGAAAUAACUGUUCAGAAAACGGAAUUUGCCAACAAGGAGAAUGCCAAUGUUUUGACGACUUUGAGGGUGAUGAAUGUUCCACGAAACCAUCACUGCCUCCCGUUGUGUCUCCAAGGACAAACCCAGGACUGUGUAAACGUGAGGUGUACCCUUGUAACACCUUCUUCAUUUCAGGAUCAAACUUUGCAAAGGAAAAUAUGACAUGCAAGGCGGCUCAUUUCACGAUCACAGAUGGCGGUUAUAUUAUGACCUCGGCCAAUGACACAUUCCCAGCCAAUUUACUAGUGGGCGGGUCCGGAUGUUCGUGUUCACUCAGCGACGCUUUGAGAGGGGCAAAGCAUUCGACAGAUGAGAAUCCUGUUGUGGCAGAGGGAUUUUUUCUGAGUGUGGCUAAUGAUGGAAUCACGUACAGUGAUGAUAUCGUCGUCAUUAUUUACGACUCCUCGUGUCAGGAGUGCAAUAGAACGACUAUCUCGUGCGUCGAAUUUACUCCCUGUACUUCAACCACGCCUUUGCCGACCACAGCCACUACUGAGCCGAUCUUGAACACUACUAGACAUUCACUCAUUACUUUUGAUAACCAUAGUAAUGGAAACGCCCAGGCGUGCUUCACGCUUACGAGUAUUUGCUCUGCAAUACUUAUGGUUUACUUUCUCUAUAUGUAGCAGAGGUUAUUAAAGGGAAGACAAUCCGAAUGGAAAACUAAGACGCUUGUAGGGAAAUCCUUUUGUUAGAGAUACAGGCUAUUACGCAUUGGUAUUAAAUGAUAAAUUCAUGCAUCAUUACGUUGAUUAGUAACGUGUUCAGUCAUCACAAUACCUACUUAAAAUGAAAAGUACAUGCUUCGAUGUGAGGCAUUUAAUUAACACAAGUGUACAAGUGUACAAAACCACUUGGCAGUGAGCUUUCGAAAAACAUAUGAAAUUAAUUUUAUAAACAUGCCAAUCCAAUCGGCUAUAUAUUGUUGGCACGAUGGGGGUCACAAAAAGGCAGAUAAAAUCAUCAGUAGAAUAAGUUCCAGUAAAAGAAUUAGUUAUUCGCUUAAAUAUUAUAGCUGACCAUUUAAUUAAUCCUCCAUCCAUUUAUAUUUUCCCGAAAAGUUCGGACAAUUUGUCACGUCAUUAGGCCAUUUUUGCACUGAUUACGUUGCUGUAUAUGAAGCAUCCAUCCUAUAAUAUAAUGUUAAUCAUCAAAUAAUAAUUCUAUAUGGAAAAGGAAAAGUUAUCCUUUGUUUAUAAUUUAGCAAGUCGUAGUUAACAAUUAUAGAUAUAUUGCAUUAUAGUGCAUAUAUAUUUAGAACAAGUCUACCAAUAAGACUUGACCUUUGCUUUAUGUUGACAUUAAGUAUAUAUAAUUUUAGAUUGUUUAAGAGGUAAAAUAGAAGUCCUUAUUGCUGAUAGUGAGAACAUGUGACCUAUGAAUUGAUAUAAAAUAACUUAACAUUACUGAAAAAUGAAGCUUAAUAUUUGACAUGUUACUUGUUUUUGUGUGUUAUAAAUUCCUAUUCCUUUAUAUAAUCAUGUACAUUUUAUCUCAGCCAGACACAAAUGAUCUGGUGUACUUUCCUUUCCUUGAAGUAAUAAUAUUUGCCAGUUGAACUACUUCUGCAGGCAUAUGCCAACCUGAUCAUUCGUUGUUUUUAUGUAUCGUGAGGAGUAUAAAAGUAUUAGCGAAUCGCAAUCAACAAUACGUUUGACGAUAAACUAUGGGAUGUAAUUAGUACUUGAUAUAAAUUUAGGAUAUUUUUAUUGAUAGUUAUCGACACAUAUAAUAUUAAUUACGCUAACUUUCUUUCUUUUUGUUUACUAUACUGUGAUACAAGUGAUACUAUGUAAAUGUACUGACUUUAUUUAAUUUAAAUGUAUUUGUCAUAGUCUUUUCUGUCAUAUAAAUGUAGAUUUAAUCAACUAGCUACUAUCUUACAUAUUUUGGGUUUUAUUCAUUUGUAUAUAACAUUGUCUAUAUCUCAGUUGUAUAUAACAUUGUCUAUAUCACAGUUGUUAACUGUCCAUAUUGUGUAUGUUAUAUAUAUAUAUUGUGUUUUACAGGGUCAUAUUGUUAACUAGACAAAUGUCUAAAUAUGUUACCUUGUCUAAAAAGAAGAAUUUAAAUUAUAUUAUGCCUUCCAUUAAAUCAUAUUUUUAAGGGUGAAGAACAUGUUUUCGAUUAUACAGAGUCUAUUUAUUCAAAUGACAACCUUAACAGUCGAGUCGAUACUAAAAAUAUAAUCUUCUAACGAAACUUAACGUAGUUGAUAAUGACACGACUUGAAGCCAAUGUCAUGUCAUAAGCUUCAUCUUUUGGGAAAGCCGGUGAUAAAAAUAGCUCCGACCGAAAUAGCGCAAUAUCCGGGCCUUUCAGUGAAAAGUAUACAUGUACAGCACUACGCUGUCGACAGACAACACUGUGUCAGUUAUGCGUCUUUAAUUUACACAAUACAUCUCAAGCAAGAAUUUUAACUAUCAUAAUAUAUACCUCUAAUUAGAUAUUUCUGUUCACUGUUGGAUUUGAUUAAAAACGAACAUGUUCAAUUUAGAGCAUGCACGCACUGAGAGGGUACCACAGGGAAAAUUUCAAACCGCAGAGAGUACGAUAUCAAUUGUAGUUUUCAACGUUAAAUAGAUAACGCAUUUAUAACGACGUUUAAGAUGUUGUUGGAAGAUGCUUUUGAUUCAUAAUAAAUGCAUGUACUUGUAUUCCAAAGACGGUAGGUGAAUAAAGCGAGAAUUAACCUUCACUCCUCGGCUGGAAAGACAUCUAUGUGUUAGCUAGAAAUUCACCGACAGCUGCAGUUAUUCAAAGCGUACGAUUGUACAAUUAAAUUGUCCAUUUAAACAAAUUAACGAAUUUCACGAACGAGUGACUACUUUGUAAUGACACCGCUGAAAAAGAUUUAUUUAAUAUAUCUCAUGACAAAAAAAUGCUAUAUCGCGCGUAUAAAGAUAAAGUGAUGUCGCGUAAUGAUACUUACAGACAAUUCAUUUGUAAGUAAUAUUGAAUUACUCUACUUUCGAUUUCAAUAUCGCCUUGAAUGAAACAGAAUCAGGUUGGGCCCGUAUUAUUAGCAGAAAGCAGUGGUAUUAUUGUUAUUGGUAAUCUGACAUCAAGAUAUCGGGUUUGUUCUAGAAAAAAUACACACGAUAGAUUGCAACAGACAGUAUAACAUCGUUCGUCAGAAAUUUCCGAAAAUGAAGCCUACCUGUUCGUGAUUUAGGACAGCUUUAGGCGAAGCGUCACACGCAGAUCCACGGCGAUUUUCUAUUAUUUUAAGAGAAAAUUUGUAAUUUUCACGACUUCUUACCGAACGGUAUAAAUAUCUAGACGUGCGCAAGUCCACCAAAGCUUGCUUACUAUAGAACGUGAAAGCAGGCCCUACAUCGGGUGAAGAAAUGACUUGCGACCGUGACUCCACGGGUUAAUGGUGUAGCUCUAUACUGCUGAAGCUAUUAUAUGUGGCUCCUGAUAUGCUACUGCUGAUGCUUACUUUGAUUAAACGGAUAAAAAUUACAACCCCCCCCCCCCCCCCACUCCCCCAAAAAAAUCCUUUUAAUUACAAGACCCAGAGUAAUAACUUUAGAAUAAAUAACGUUGACUCGGCCAAGAUCAUGUGAGUAAAAUUAGUGAAAACCCUCCAACAAAAGUACCGAGUAAUUAUAUUUACAUAAAAGUUUGUUUCAAUGGGGCCUUAUAAAUGCUUAAAGUAUACGUGUAAAUAUCACAGAUAGGAUAUGUGUUUGCAAACAGUUGGGCUAUACAGGCCCACACCAUUCAAUGUUUCUUCCAGAAAAAUGUGAUACUUGGAAUUGAAUAGGUAGAAGAGUGGGCCUAUCUCUAUAUUAAUGAGCAACUUUUACAUUGUGACUUGAGAGGUCAGACUGAAAUUGUAAGAACUUUGAAAAUCAUGUCAAUAUACUAUCAUGAUUGCAUCAAGUGAAGGUUUUGCCUGCACCUUAAGCUUUCUAUUAAAAGUUCAUUUAUUUAUAAUUGUUAAGUGUACAGUACGAGACGCUCAGUCCUUACAGUACUUUGAUUUGAGAACAUCUAUUCGAAUUAUAGCUACGCAAUGUGUUAAGUUUUGAUAUAUAUAUAUCCACAAGUCUCACAAUUAAUACUGUUCUCAUAAUAAAUACUUCCGUGUCCUUUUCAUCUACGUGACGAGCACAUUUACUUCAUAAAAAGUACUUUGUUCGAUUCAGACAAAGAAUUUGAUUAUUGAAGAAGUCUAAAAAUAAGCAUAAUGUGUAGAGCUCUGUUACGUUUAAUCUACUUUUUAUUUGUUCUGUUAUAUCAUUUUAUUGUAUAAUAUUUGUUCUAGAUACAUUUUUGGUGAUUAACAUGUUAAUAAAAAAUUACUUCAUAUU